UAUCUAUGUGAAUACCGAGCCUCAACUUGAUCAUGCACCCAUGAUAAUCACAGCUGCUACAUUAGCUGAUAAUAAGGGUUAUAAGGGACCUUAUUUUGUUUCUGAAGCUGAUGAAGAACUCUUUCGACAAAGUUUAAACAAGGUCAAACAAGCCGUCUUACAUCAUCUUCAAUUAGAUAAUCGCCUCACGAUUGAAUACGCUGAUGUUUGUCAAGCAGGCUUCGACACCCUUAUUGCCUAUCACUCAGUUACCACCUACACUCAAGUUGACAGAAUUAGUCAAACCAGAUGAUGUUGAACUUGUAAGAAUUAGUAACAAGAUUUUGUUUGAUAGAGAAUAUGUAGAGGCUUGUUUUUGUAUGACAAGCGCGAUCAAGAAAGUCGAUACAAAUGAAUCUGUUGCAUGGGCCAUGACUCACAGAGAUCUUUAUGUGGGAGCUUUGCAUGUUUUGCCAGAUUAUCGUAGACGAGGUCUUGCAGAAAUCAUUUUAAUAGAUAUUACAAGACGUUAUAUUGAUUUCUAUAAGCAAUGUUUACCCGAUGUGCCUCUAUCACAAAUGUAUAUUAAUGCUUGUGUAGAAUCCUAUAAUACUCCUAGCGCAAACCUAUUUAAGAAGGCAGGCUGGAGUCAAAUUGGUUUAGGCAAAUGUUGGAUUUGCUGUAAUAAUAUUAGAAAAGAAAACCUUAUAGAAUAAUAAUAAAUAAUAAUAAUAAUAAUACAUUUGUA